AUGGCCUCCUUUCCUACUACGGUGCGGUCAACCCGGAGUGUUGCGCAAAAUGUCCUGAGAAGGCAGCCCCUCCAUGACAUUGCCAUCACCCGUACUGGCAAGCCCAUUCUGCGAACCCAGGGCGGAAGGACACACUGCGACGGUUUUUGGCGCAACGGGCCAGGUUGGACGAUACAUCGUGAACAGACUCGGUACGAACGGACAACCCGCGAGCUUGCCGACCCGUUUCUGACCCGUUUGAUAGCUCGUCAAGGAUGCACCGUUAUUAUCCCUUUCCGGGAGGAGAUGGCCAAGCGCCACCUGAAGGUCGCUGGUGACCUCGGUCGUGUUGUCUUCAUUGAGUACGACCUUCGAAACACUCAGUCUAUCGAGGAGAGCGUCAGACACUCGGACGUUGUUUACAACCUUGUUGGCCGCAACUACCCCACUAAAAACUUCUCUCUGGAAGAUGUUCAUGUUGAGGGGACUGAGCGGAUAGCUGAGGCUGUUGCCAAGUACGACGUGGACCGCUUCAUUCACAUGUCCAGUUACAACGCCAACCUGGAGUCUGCUUCCGAGUUCUAUCGCACCAAGGCCCGCGGCGAGCAGGUCGCUCGUAGCAUCUAUCCCGAGACCACCAUUGUGAGACCGGCACCGGUCUUCGGUUUCGAGGACAACCUCCUUCUGAAGCUUGCUAGCGUUAUGAACCUCUUCACGGCCAACAACAUGCAGGAAAGAUUCAGACCCGUGCAUUCCAUCGACGUUGGCCAGGCUCUUGAGCUGAUGCUCUAUGACGAUAGCACUGCCGGCCAAACGUACGAGCUUUACGGUCCCCAGGAAUACUCAAUGGCGGAGAUUGCUCAGUUCGCCGACCGUGAAAUCUUCAAGAAACGUCGCCACAUCAACGUUCCAAAGUCCAUUCUGAAGCCUGUUGCUGGUCUCCUGAACAAGUACCUCUGGUGGCCUACCAUGUCUGCCGAUGAGAUUGAGCGCGAGUUCAUCGACCAGGAGAUUGACGAGACGGCCAAGACCUUCAAGGAUCUCGGCAUCGAGCCCGGCGAUAUUAGCAAGUUCACCUACCACUACCUGCAAGGUUACCGCAGUGCCAACUUCUACGACCUGCCCCCUGCGACGGAGAAGGAGAAGAGGGAGGAGCGCAAGUACCUGCACGUUCUUGACGACCAGUAA